AUGAGUGGUACGAUUGGCCUGAAAUGCGUUUCUAUCUAUACGCAUAUGACCAUUCGGAUACUCACGGACCCGUUCUGUCUGCUUAAGAGCUUCAAUACGCGCCAUUCGCCACCAUUCCGACCAGCCUUUUCUUUACUUCUUCGCUAUUUUUCUUCUUUUCUUUCCUUAUUUCUUUUCUUUCCGAUCUCUCUUUUUUGUUUCCCAAUUCUUUUCUAUUUCCUCCUUUCUUAUUCACUUUUUCUUUUAUCACUUUUUCCUUUAUCUCUUAUUUGUUUUCUUUUCCUUUUCUAUUUCUUCUUUUCCUUUUCUUUUUCUUCUUUUCCUUUUCUUCUUUUCAUUUUCUUUUUCUUCUUUUCAUUUUCUUCUUUUCUUCUUUUCAUUUUCUUCUUUUCUUCUUUUCAUUUUCUUCUUUUCAUUUUCAUCUGUCAUUUUCUUUUUCCUCUGUCAUUUUCCUCUGUCAUUUUCUUUUUCCUCUGUCAUUUUCUUUUUCCUCUGUCAUUUUCCUCUGUCAUUUUCUUUUUCCUCUGUCAUUUUCCUCUGUCAUUUUCUUUUUCCUCUGUCAUUUUCUUUUUCCUCUGUCAUUUUCCUCUGUCAUUUUCCUCUGUCUUUUUUCUCUUUUUCCUCUGUCAUUUUUUUCUUCAUUUUCUUUUUCCUCUGUCAUUUUCUUUUUCCUCUGUCAUUUUCCUCUGUCAUUUUCUUUUUUCCUCUGUCAUUUCCUCUGUCAUUUUCUUUUUCCUCUGUCAUUUUCCUCUGUCAUUUUCUUUUUCCUCUGUCAUUUUCCUCUGUCAUUUUCCUCUGUCAUUUUCUUUUUCCUCUGUCAUUUUCCUCUGUCAUUUUCUUUUUCCUCUGUCAUUUUCCUCUGUCAUUUUCUUUUUCCUCUGUCAUUUUCCUCUGUCAUUUUCUUUUUCCUCUGUCAUUUUCUUUUUCCUCUGUCAUUUUCCUCUGUCAUUUUCUUUUUCCUCUUUCUUAUCUCUUUCUCUUUCUUUCUUGCUUUCCUCUUUCUUCCUAUAA